CGACCAAGAGACCAGUCCAGUCGUGUCUUCCAUACCUGUACGGUUUCGUUUACUCCUCGAGUACUAGUGUACUGGUAAUUAUAAUAAUAAUUAUUAUAAUAGUAAUCGUCUCAAGACCUCGGCUGUUUUCUUCAGUGUAUGUCUUGAGACGUUAACGCGACAUCCUAGAGUGUGUCGUCUGGCCUCCUUGGGUUUGUUCUCGUGAAAUGAAAGCCGCUUGACUGGACUCAAUUAAUAUUUUUUAAUUUUUCACCAAGACGACCUUUGACCCUGCCUCUUUAUAUUUGAGGUAAAAUCGCACCUGGAAAAAAGGCUUUUCAAUGAUGAAACUAUUGGCAGGUGUAGAGGAGGUCAACGAUGAAGAAACUAAAGAAUUAAAUAAUAAAUCGCUUGUUACCAAUACUAAUAAUAAUAACAAUAAUAUUCAUAAUAAUAAUAAUAAUAAAUCGAGUGCCGAUAAUGAAGUAACGAAACCGUGUUUAAGAAAAAUAAAAACAACUGCACAUGUCAGACCAAAGGAACCUGCUGGAUCGCCAAUAAAAGGCGAAAUCACACCAGAAGAUGAAGAAAAAAUGCGACGAUUGCUUCCCAUUGAAGAAGCACCUGAGCAUCUUACACACAAUCCAUUUAUUUUACAUGGAUACCGCGGUUAUUUGACGACUAAAUUAUGCAUAGAAAGUAUAUUCUGGUGGACAAAUGAAACAAUAAAUAUAUGGAGUCAUAUAUUUGGAUGGAUGCUCUUUUUAGGAUUAACAAUGUACGAUCUUUGUUUACUAAAUAUACACGCUCCUUUUGGAGACAAAAUAAUUGUUGCACUUUUACUCGUGUGCUUUCAGGCAUGUAUGAUUUUAUCAUCAAUAUAUCAUACAUUUUCAUGUAGAAGUGAAAAGGAUUAUUGGUGUUUUUUGUGCUACGAUUUAUUUGGAAUAGCACUUAGUUUACUUGCUAUUUAUAUGUCUGGAGUUUACUACGCGUUUUGGUGUCACAAAGAACUACAACAAUUUUACCUGAUAACUGUGUUGCUGAUAUUUGUAAUCGCAAUGAUACUGCAGAUACCGAGUCUUGAAGUUAAUGGAAAUGUUAAAUUAUUGGUGUUUGUUGGUUGGGCAGCGUAUGGUGUCUUACCAACAUUUCACUGGGGUAUUGCAAUGGGUGGUAUGGACAAUCCGAUUGUAAAAAUGUUGAUACCGAGAGUAUUAGGGAUGUAUGUUAUAAGUGGUUGUGCAUUUGCCAUAUAUAUGAGUAAAAUACCAGAACGUUUUUAUCCAGGCUCUGUAGAUUUUAUUGGAUCGUCUCACCAAUGGUGGCAUGCACUUGUUGUACUCGCUCUAUAUUAUUGGCACAAUACCGGUAUGCUCUACGUCGAAUACCGUAUGAAUCACGGUUGUCCUACAAAUAUGAAGUUGUGAUAAUUUUAUAAAUAUACUAUAAUAAAUAUUAUAAUUAUUGUUUACCUAUAGUAUCAAUUGUUUAUUAUUAUAUGAAUUUAUUAUUAUUAUUAAUUAAUAAAUAAGUUAUUUUUAUUGAAUUAAAAA